UCGCGCGCGCGGGGAUGAGGAUGACGUGAGGGAGCGAGUCGCGAACAUCCAUCCUGUCAGGGCGGCGCGGGGCCGGCGGUUCCCACAGCCCCGGAGCCGGCCGUGAGGGAGGAGAAGCGGCCCGCGGAGCUCCUCUCCGGUCGACCCCUCACGCCCACCGCCCCCUCCGGCCGGGCCGCUGUCCGCGCGGCCCCCCGCGGCUCCUGGCACGGCCCCGCGCUCGGCUGCCGCCCUGGCGCGCUCCAGUCUGUCGUCCCCGGACGGGCGCGGAGCGGCGCGGCCCGGCCGCCGGCGGCUGGGGCGGGGGCGCUGGCCCCGGGGCCGCGCCGGCGCCGCCACCAACCUGGGGCUGUCGGUGGAGGGCGAGUGCUGGCUCCGAGGGGAGGCGCCGCCCCGCGGGGCCAACGGGCCGCGCGCCGAGGCGGCCGUGGGAACCGCGCAUCCCUUCUCGGGCCCCGGGGCGGGGUCGGGGCCGGGGCCGGCGGGGGCGCCACCCCCGUCCCCCGGCCUGCCCCCGUCGUGGGCCGCGAUGAUGGCGGCCCUGUACCCGAGCACCGACCUGUCGGGCCUCCCCUCCCCGUCGCCGCCGUCCUCCCCGAGCUCCUCCUCGCCGUCGCCCCACGAAGUCAUGGCGCUCAAGGAUGUGCGCGAGGUGAAGGAGGAGAACACCCUCCACGAGAAGCUCUUCCUGCUGGCGUGCGACAAGGGUGACUACUAUAUGGUUAAAAAGAUUUUGGAGGAAAACAGUUCAGGGGACUUGAACAUAAAUUGCGUAGAUGUGCUUGGGAGGAAUGCUGUUACCAUAACUAUUGAAAACGAAAACUUGGAUAUACUGCAGCUUCUUUUGGACUACGGUUGUCAGUCCGCAGAUGCACUUUUGGUGGCAAUCGACUCUGAAGUAGUGGGAGCUGUUGAUAUACUUCUAAAUCAUCGAUCAAAAUCAUCAUCAAGACCAACUAUAGUAAAACUAAUGGAACGAAUUCAGAACCCUGAGUAUUCAACAACUAUGGACGUUGCACCUGUCAUUUUAGCUGCUCAUCGUAACAACUAUGAAAUCCUUACCAUGCUGUUAAAGCAGGAUGUGUCUCUCCCCAAGCCGCAUGCUGUUGGCUGUGAGUGCACAUUGUGUUCUGCAAAAAACAAAAAGGACAGUCUCCGACAUUCCAGGUUUCGUCUUGAUAUAUACAGAUGUUUGGCAAGUCCAGCUCUGAUAAUGCUAACAGAAGAAGAUCCAAUUCUGAGAGCAUUUGAGCUUAGUGCUGACUUAAAGGAACUCAGCCUUGUGGAGGUGGAAUUCAGGAACGAUUAUGAGGAACUAGCUCGACAAUGUAAAAUGUUUGCUAAAGAUUUGCUUGCACAAGCCCGGAAUUCACGUGAAUUGGAAGUCAUCCUAAACCAUACAUCUAGUGAUGAACCUCUUGAUAAACGGGGACUGCUAGAAGAAAGAAUGAAUUUAAGCCGUCUAAAACUGGCUAUCAAAUAUAACCAAAAGGAGUUUGUCUCCCAGUCCAACUGCCAGCAGUUCCUGAACACAGUUUGGUUUGGACAAAUGUCGGGUUAUCGUCGUAAGCCCACCUGUAAGAAGAUAAUGACUGUCUUGAUGGUUGGCAUCUUUUGGCCAGUUUUAUCACUGUGUUAUUUGAUAGCUCCCAAAUCUCAAUUUGGAAGAAUCAUCCACACUCCUUUUAUGAAAUUUAUUAUUCAUGGAGCCUCGUACUUCACAUUCCUGCUGUUAUUAAAUCUGUACUCUCUUGUCUACAAUGAGGAUAAGAAAAACACAAUGGGGCCAGCCCUUGAAAGAAUAGACUACCUUCUUAUUCUGUGGAUUAUUGGGAUGAUUUGGUCAGACAUUAAAAGACUCUGGUAUGAAGGAUUGGAAGACUUUCUAGAAGAAUCUCGAAAUCAGCUCAGCUUUGUCAUGAAUUCCCUGUAUUUGGCCACCUUUGCUCUCAAGGUGGUAGCUCACAACAAGUUUCAUGACUUCGCUGAUCGCAAGGACUGGGAUGCCUUCCAUCCGACCCUGGUGGCAGAAGGGCUGUUUGCCUUUGCAAAUGUGCUGAGUUAUCUCCGUCUCUUUUUUAUGUAUACCACCAGCUCUGUCCUGGGUCCCUUACAGAUUUCUAUGGGACAAAUGUUGCAAGAUUUUGGAAAAUUUCUCGGGAUGUUCCUUCUCGUUUUGUUUUCCUUCACAAUUGGACUGACACAACUCUAUGAUAAAGGCUACACACCAAAAGAACAGAAGGACUGUGUGGGCAUCUUUUGUGAACAGCAAAGCAAUGAUACUUUCCAUUCGUUCAUCGGCACUUGCUUCGCUCUGUUCUGGUAUAUUUUCUCCCUAGCCCAUGUGGCAAUCUUUGUCACAAGGUUCAGCUAUGGAGAAGAGCUGCAGUCCUUUGUCGGCGCCGUGAUCGUUGGCACUUACAACGUUGUGGUUGUCAUCGUCCUUACCAAGCUGCUGGUCGCCAUGCUUCACAAAAGCUUUCAGUUGAUAGCAAAUCAUGAAGACAAGGAAUGGAAGUUCGCCCGAGCAAAGCUAUGGCUUAGCUAUUUUGACGACAAGUGUACACUUCCGCCACCCUUCAACAUCAUUCCUUCACCAAAGACCAUCUGCUACAUGAUCAGCAGCCUCAGUAAGUGGAUUUGCUCUCACACUUCAAAAGGGAAGGUCAAGCGGCAAAACAGUUUAAAGGAAUGGAGAAACUUGAAACAAAAGAGAGAUGAGAACUACCAGAAAGUGAUGUGCUGCUUAGUGCAUCGGUAUUUGACCUCCAUGAGACAGAGGAUGCAGAGCACAGAUCAGGCCACUGUGGAGAACCUAAAUGAGCUACGCCAAGACCUGUCCAAGUUCCGGAAUGAAAUAAGGGAUUUGCUUGGCUUUCGGACUUCUAAAUAUGCUAUGUUUUAUCCAAGAAAUUAACCAUUUUCUAAGUCUCGUAGAGAAUAAUUUUCAAUACAGAUCUGAAAAACUGGGUAUUUGCAUAACUAGCAAUGAAACUAAUAAGACAUAUAUUGAAAUAAACAAUUAUAUAAAAGCCAUUCUUCAAAAAUAUUUAUAGCAUAAAUGUUAUGUAAAAUAUGUAUAUAGAAUUAGUUUUUUAAAAGCCAUCUGUCAGCUUUUUGUAGGAGCAGAACUAAUUAUUAGAUUUUUGUUAGCAUGCUGCUUAGUUUUCUUAAUGGGACAGUGCUUUAUGCUGUCUUUAAUGUUUAAGAAGGGCAAUCAUAAAUGUACAAGUCAUCCACAAAGUUAAAUGAGUAUCAGCCAAUGUGGGCUGAUCUCCUGCCAUAAGAUACACUUGAAAUAUAAGUCAUGGUUUAAAAAAUCUCUGUUAUAGGAGUCCACAUAUAGUUCCAUAUUUAUUGUUUAGGAGUAUAAUUUUACCUAAAAUAAUAAUCUAUUUUUUUUGUUUUGUUACAAUUUUAAACAACAAACAAAAAACACUAAUUCAUAUUUGAAUCUGUUUCUGUUCUUAUCUAUUUAAAUCCAUUUCAUAUUUGUUACUGUAAUAUAUUUACUUUUACACAGUUAUAAUCAUUUUAUAUUUCUAAUUUUGUUUUUUCACUUAAUAAUAUUUUAUAUGUAUUUCCAUGUAUUGAUCUGGUCAGAUUAUUUAAAUUUUUAUAGAAUUAUGUCAUUUAAAAAAUAUAGUCAGUAGGCAUUGUUAUUUUUUGACUAUAAAGUAUUUGUUUACUUCUUCAGCAUUUGCUUGCUUUUAACUCUUCCUUAUCAUAAUAGUGCUAUAAUUUUUUUCAAGUUGGAGUGAAAUUCAUAGUUGCAAAAUAGAAGAUACUUCAUUAUGAGUGGUACAGUCUCCUCAUUUGGUUUGGUAAAGUCUAUUAAUAUUAAAUAUUAAUAUUUGAACUAAGAUUCUUUUAUCUCUCCCAAAGCAUUUCCCACAGAACUUAGCAUAGCUUCUGUAAAAGUGACUUCAUGCUUACUUAUAGAUUGUUCUUGCUGCUGAAGAUGAAAAACAUUGCUUUUUUUUAAGUUGAGAAUAAGAUACUUAUUUAAUUUUUAUUUUCUUUUUUUUGUGUGUGUUCAUGUAACCAUGUAGCUAAAACAUCUCCCAGGCUAUUGCUUUCAUUUUCCUACAGCAUUUCCAGC